AUGUUAUCAAAACAGCUAAGCUCUCCACCUCGGAUUACGAGCUCAAGACGAAGUGUUAGCGAGCGUGAUACGAAGACUCCACGACCACGGUUACAAAAACGUAUUCGUUCCUUGCCGCCGCAAAGAGAAGCCCCGAAAUUUUGGCUGUAAGUUGAUUGGAGGCGGUUAGAUUUAGACUAGAAACGUAACAUCAGGAUACGUGCAUCAUAUGUCUGAUCGAUCAGCAGUCUUAGGCCAGGUUUCCACUAUACCGGAUAGCUAAUUCCGUAGCGGCGCGAAAAAGCGCCUAUCCGAUACGGAAUGUACAACUUUGAGAGGCUGAGCGAAACAACAUCUCUCCGUUGCAAUAAUUCCGCUGAAAAUAGCGUUUUUAAAAGGUAGGGAUAGGUGUUUUUUCACGUAGCUAUGGAAGGCUAUCCGCUUACAGUGUCAACGUAGCGUUAGUGCUAACACAAGCGAGAAUAACGUCAUCUAUACUGACAACGGGUUCUGGGAUCAAAACAUCCCUGAUCGAUAUUUUUCCUGACAGUUCUGAUGAGCGUGCAUGAGAGUUUGCAGUCACGCGAGCUUGGUUAGCUGUUCUUAAUGCUUUCCCAACACUAUCAUGUAUUAUAUUGAAGUUAAAACAUAGUUGGAACAUUCAUCAAACCUUUAUUUUGUUAAUCUAGAGCUAGAAAUGUCCCCUGUAACAAUACGUGACUGGCAACUCUCACGAACUCUCACUGAUCCACUUUUGACCGAGGAGAUGAACGAUGCAUCUCGAUGGAUGAUCUAUUAAUAAUGAAAACAAUGAAUACAUCAAUUUUUGUGAAGUUGCCAUCUCAUAUAUUCGGCAACUUCACAAAAAUUGAUGUAUUCAUUGUAUGAAUAUAAUGAAUACAAUAUUCAUCGUAUUCAUUGUAUGAUAUGUUCAUUAAAACUAACUUUAUGGAACUAACUUCAUUUUAACUGUUGAGCCCUGGAAUUAUUCAGUAGCAACACGAUAAAAUAAUAUAAUGAUAUUAAAUCUCAGCACAGAAUCAAAAUUAACCGUGUGGUUUAUUUCCAUUAUCUUUCUAAUGCAUGGGUUUUGUAUUAUGAAUUGUUAUUCACAUACGUGGGGGUUUAGCGUAAGUAGAUUAUAUUCUGUGUUUAAUAUUCACUCUUGUGUCCAUCUAGAGGUGUGCGUGACGGUGUCAAGGCUGGGUUCUCCGGGUAAGUUAACCUGCGAUCAGGCACUGAACUGAACUAAUUUUAUAUAUAUACUGGAUAGUUCUAUCAGUUCUAAACUGUUCUUCCUAGAGUUCCAGUAAGGAUCAUCUCUUAUUCAUCCAGUGUUACUACUGGAGGAAACCUAAACUAAACUAACAUUAUUUAUACUGGAUAGCUCUAUCAGUUCUAAACUGUUCUUCCUAGAGGUCCAGUAAGGAUCAUCUCUUAUUGAUCCAGUGUUACUGCAGGAGGAAAACUAAAAUAAACUAACUUUAUUUAUACUGGAUAGCUCUAUCAGUUCUAAACUGUUCUUCCUAGAGGUCCUGUAAGGAUCAUCUCUUAUUAUCAUUCCAGUGUUACUACAGGAGGAAACCUAAACUAAACUAACCUCUUUUAUGUCAUCUACAUAUUAAACAAACAUUUUUAUUCUAGUGCUGUAUCGAAAUUUUAUAAAAGUAACGAAAAUAUAACAGAUCCAACUCAUACUUUCUCAAGUAAGUCCUCAACAGUAUCGUAAAAACGUGCGACUGCAUGUACGCUGUAGUUUGUGUCUAAACUACAUUGAAAAGAUUUAAACACUUUCUGCGAAGGGUUUUUAGUCAGGAGUGAAGUAGUCUUUGCUGGAAAGUAAGAUCCGACCACAGUAGUUUCAUUCUUUUGCAUUUUUGGCAGAAAGUGACUCAGAAUGUCAAGAACUGCAAGGCAAUGAUUUGGAGUCUUUCACCGGAUAUGACGCCAGGAAAAUCCGAACUCCCAGGUAGGUUAUAUUGUUUUGGUAUAUAUAUUGAGGACCCUGACGACCGCUUUCUUUCACAGGCGUAAUUUGAUUGGUUAAUUGGGUAGAUAUAUGCAUGUGAUUGGUCGGUAGUCGAAAUUUGAACCUCUAUUCUGUACUACUAGAAAGUCGGCUAAAGUGGAAACCAAAAUGCCAACGAAGAACUCUAUUUGCUCACAUAUUAUCUAUUUUUAUGUUUAGUCCAAAGAAUGUCUUCAGUGAAGAGGAUAAUUAUAGUUUAACGUCCACCAACCAAACGAGGUAAUUCUUGAUUUAUAUCUUUAAAGGUACACUUAAGCCUUUUGAAUGAUGCCAGAACUCCCUUUUCAAAUGGCAGAACUCCCUUUUCAAAAGGCAAAACUCCCUUUUCAAAUGGCAGAACUCCCUUUUCAAAUGGCAGAACUCACUUUUGAAAUGGCAGAACUCACUUUUGAAAUGGCAGAACUCCCUUUUCAAAUGGCAGAACUCACUUUUCAAAUGGCAGAACUCCCUUUUCAAAUGGCAGAACUCCCUUUUCAAAUGGCAGAACUCCCUUUUCAAAUGGCAGAACUCACUUUUCAAAUGGCAGAACUCACUUUUCAAAUGGCAGAACUCCCUUUUCAAAUGGCAGAAAUCCCUUUUCAAAUGGCAGAACUCCCUUUACAAAUUGCAGAACUCCCUUUUCAAAUGGCAGAACUCCCUUUUCAAAUGGCAGAACUCCCUUUUCAAAUGGCAGAACUCCCUUUUCAAAUGGCAGAACUCCCUUUUCAAAUGCCAGAACUCCCUUUUCAAAUGGCAGAGCUUGUUUUUCAAAUGCCAGAACUCCCUUUUCAAAUGCCAGAAUUCCCUUUACAAAUGGAAGAACUUACUUUUCAAAUGCCAGAACUCCAUAUUCAAGCAGCCCUGCAUAUCACUCAGUGUAAUUGUAUUUUUAUGUUUAGUGCUCCGACAUCUGUGUCGAGAUACAGUGAAACUGGCUCAGAACAAGCUCUAGAAGCGAGACUAAAGGAAGUACUAGACGCCCAGAUUGCGUUAAAAGAGACCGUUGAUAAGGCAGUGGUAAGACAGAAAUAUUUUAUGAUGUAUUGUAUGGAACGCCAUGUGCUACACGGUUUUGCGCUGAGAUCCUGGGCACUGGCCUAGGCCCACCCCCAAGCCUAGGGAGGUUGUAUUUAGUUAAUUACCGGUAACAUGUGCUGUACGAUAGCGUUCUUAGUAUUAUUCUCCUAUAGCUGUACUUUUUAUUUUGUGUAGAUUGACAUAAAUGCCAUUGCAAAAUCUCUACAAGAAGAAAGAUAUAAAACGCAGGUGAUUGAAUUAUUUACCAAUAUUUUUCACAUUUUUUCCGUAUGUACUAUUUUGUAUUAAACGUCGUAUUAAAACUUUUGUGUUGUUCUAGGAUUUAGAAUGUCAAUUUAAUACACUUCGUAGUCAUUGGAAUGAUUUCUCAGAAUUACAUCAACACGAGGUAGGUGGCAUGCACUGUGACCAGGAUUUAAUUCCAGGAAUUUUUCCUUAUUCACGUAUGAGGGGCGUGCUUCUUGUUUGAUUCUACGAAACAACACAGGUUUUCUCCGAGUACAUAUACGCAAAGUCUCGCAUCUUGUAGCAAGUCUGUCAACAAGUUGUGUUCGCACUGCUUGUCCCAAGUUGUCAACAAGUUUGGAACAAACUGUUAACAACUUGUAACCUUGUUGAUAUUAUCAGACUUGUUGCAAGGUUGAUCCAACAAUACAGUCAUGAUCGACGUAACAAUAUUGUUACAACCUUGUGUCAUCAACCUUGUAACAUUCUUGUUAUAUCAUGAGUGUACCAGACUUGUUAGAACAACCUUGUAACAAGUCUGAUAAUGCCAUCAAACUUGUUACAAGUUGUUAACAGCUUGUUCCAAACUUGUUACAACAACUGGGAACAAGCAGUACGAACACAACUUGUCGACAGCUUGUGAACAGAUUUGUAACAAUUUGUUUACAGACCUGUAACAACUUGUGCGUUUUUACGUGUGUGCCCAGUGUAAAUAAAGUUAGUUCAAUUUAGUUUAAUAUUUAUAUUUAGAACAUGCAGUUACGUCAAGAUAUUCAACGUAAUGACGAAAGUAUUGCCACGGUCGAUUAUCGUCUUAUUGAACGAGUAGCUGAAAUUGAUGAAUCGUUUGAUACUUUUGAUGCAAGGGUACGUAUGAGUUUGUGUUUACCACCAGAAAUGCCAUCACAUUUGACAACCUUGUGUCAGCCAUAUAAAACACAUACAAACUUAUUAACUGACUGACAACUAUCUAUUGAUUUUGUUUUCUAGAUUUCCAAAAUUGAGAACGUUCAUCAGCAACAGCAAGGAUUGAAUGUUGAUGAUUAUUUUGAACAGAAUAUACAAGCUAAAGCUGUCUUAACCAAAUUUCUUAGUGUGGUGCUAGCCGUCGUCACAUUAUUGUUUAGUAUUUUUACUUUAAUUGUUCAUGGAAUAGCGCCAUUGACUAGGACAAGGUGGGUCGAAAAUUUGUAAACUAAACUAACUUUAUUUAUACUGGAUAGCUCUAUCAGUUCUAAACUGUUCUUCCUAGAGGUCCGGUAAAAAUCAUCUCUUAUUGACCCAGUGUUACUACAGGAGGAAACCUAAACUAAACUAACUUUAUUUAUACUGGAUAGCUCUAUCAGUUCUAAACUGUUCUUCCUAGAGGUCCGGUAAAAAUCAUCUCUUAUUGAUCCAGUGUUACUACCGGAGGAAACCUAAACUAAACUAACUUUAUUUAUACUGGAUAGCUCUAUCGUUGGCAAUGUCUCAACUAGAGCUCGAGGAAUCAAACGUAGGGGUCCGUCUUAUCCAGUGUCUUCAUUCUUGGGAAGCGAGUCAUCUUCGCUUCUCGAGAAUGACGACCCUAGCCCUAGGUACGACGUUGUCUUUCUAUAACAGUACAACUAAAGAUUUCUCUUUAUUUUAUUUUUUACAGGUUUCGUUUGAUGAUAGCGACUAUAUUACUCGUUCUCCUCGCCAUGUGGUGGCAUAAUCCAAACCAAUACGUAGUCAGGCACUUUCAACGACUUGUAGUAGAACCUCUUUGCCAAAUAUUUAACUAUCUUUCUUAUAAACUAACCCGUCAAAAUGGCGGCGAUUCAAACUCGGAGACUAACAUCCGGGAACAUAGUCCUGACGUCACAUGA